CCUCUUGAGAGUGAACUCUACUAGGAAACACUCGGUUCAGAAGUGAAACAGCUCGUCACACACUUGCUGGACUUAAUGAUAACCUCAGAGGAGCCUCAAAGAGAGAUGUCAGUCAUCAUCAUUGCCUUCCUCCUGACUCUUUCUACACCCACAGUGGUAUUGGGAAUCCUCAGCAGACCCACAAAUGUGAACUUGACCUCCUACAACAUGAACCUGGUGCUAAGUUGGAAUCCAUCUAAAGGGGCAGCCAACAACCUGGUCUACAGAACGGAGUACAAAACUUCAGUCACAACCUACACAACAGGGUGUGUGAACAUCUCCACCCUUGAAUGUGACUUCACUCGCCUCAUCCUUCCAUCCAUCACUGAGAAUGGAAAGUAUACUGGCCGAGUGCGGGCGCAAUUGGGGUCAGAGAGUUCUGCCUGGGUGGAAAGUAACCACAUUACCUUGGACAAAGACACCAUCAUUGGUUCACCCAAUGUCUCUCUUGUGUCUAAUGGGGCCGCUAUCGAAGUCAGCAUUAUAGACCCAGUGAUGGUGAUCUCAACCCUCAGAAAUGUUUACAUUUUUGCCACUUACGAAAUCACCUACUGGAAGGACAGCCAGAAACACAAGAUCACAAGCAAGUCCAGUUACUUAAGUACACUCGUACGAUUUCUGAAGAUGCAAUGUGAACAAGAACCUCCUUGGGUGGCAGCAAUUCUGACAUUUGUCUUCAUGGCAAUGGCAGCGGCUCUGGUUGUGAUUGUGGUGGUGUAUCGGAAAAGUAUAUCUCACUUUCUUUGUCCUACAGAUUCACUGCCGCAGCACUUCAAAGAGUAUCUGCUGGCACCACCCAACUCCAACAUCUACUUGGUCAUGCAGAAUUCCCACCCACCGGAGGAGAUCUAUCACAAAGUCCGAAUCAUUUAAUUCCUUAGCAAAUAAGCAUGCUCCCUUUAAAAAGCAGAUCUUACCCCUGGUUUUCACCAGAAAUCUCUGAGUUGCUAAAGUUAAGGCAUUUGGGUAAAAGCACAGAGCUCAAAGACCCCAACGGAUUGGCAAAAUUUUCAACAGUUGAGAUAUAAAUGUGUCAGGGCAACAAGAAAUGCCUGUACCCUUUAGUUUAUAGUUUAUAAUCUAAUACUUGGAACACACAGAAGAUCUCUGCCCGAGGAUCUUAAUGUACAGCACAUGACGGCUCAUAAAAUACUGAAAGAUCUGAUAUGUAGCUUGGAGAAAGGCCAUGGAGAGAGAAAAAUCAAACAAAGACCCUAGAAGCCUGGCAAAUUAGUUCUGUGGAGUCUGGAGUCGAUCAAUAGAUGUUUGGGUUAGGGAAGUAAAAAGUCUGCUACAAUAGUCACAAUGUAAUGUAAUAAAAGCAUAUAAAAUAAUUUCUAUGUCUUUAAAAGUUAAAGUUUCAAAAUAAUAUUGAAAUAUUUCAGAGAGGAUUAAAAUAUGAUGUAUCAGCUGUGUUAGCGUUAAAAGUUAAAUUGCUGUCAACCCAGACGCCAAGUUUCUUUGCAGCAGGGUUGAUAUGAUCCAAUAAAAGACCAGCAGAUGGCAGUAUUUACCUAGGCAUGUGCUCAGGUCCAAUUAAAAUGAUCUGACAGAC